CCCUUCCAGGAGCAGGAACGCAGCUGCGACAAGGGCCACCACCUUCCAGGGAGGGAAACAGACUCUCUGGGCAGUGACUGGAGAAGGACGUGCAGCAGCUCCAGGCCUGCAGGAAGAAGGAGGCCGAGUGGAUUCUAGUAACCAACCACGCCAACAACCCGCUCGGUGAGGAAGCGGGCAUUUCCAGCCCCGCAACUGGAAAGCAUUCUGGGAGGCGCCCGCAGCCCGCGCUGGCCGGGGUGGGCCAGACGCAUGCGCCCUACACGCCACCGCGCACCCUAGCGGCCUGGCGGGGCCUCUGCGCAGUCGCCGUAGCCCAUAGCAACCGGGAGAGGUCGCUUCCGGCGGGAAUCCGAACUGCGUGGGGAUUGGAGUCCGAGUGUGUGGAGGUCGAUGGACGGCCUGACAGCCUGGGAGACGGGCCUGGGGUGGAGAACAAGCCCUCGGGCCGCCGGGGCUCUCUCUGGUGCCCCGGGCUUGGAGCCUGUGCUUGGCGGCUCCCACGUGACCGCGGGAACUGAGGCUGAGGGAGGGGCCGGGUUCGUCCACCGCGGCCAUUUCCUCGGGGUGCUUCCAGGGGCAGCCAUGGCCACCCUGUACCCCUCUCUGGAGGACCUGAAGGUGGACCAAGCCAUUCAGGCCCAGGCCAGAGACACCCCCAAGAUGCCCAUCCUGCCUGCGCAGGAGACAGCUGUCCCCCAGCCUCCAGUUUUGUACCCAAACCUGGCAGAACUGGAAAAUUAUAUGGGUCUUUCCCUCUCCAGCCAAGAAGUCCAACAGAACCUGCCUCAGAUUCCAGACGGUACCAGUACAGUGGUCUCUGGCCCCUUGCCGGGCCAGGUGGUGGCGCCGGUGUCCGGGAACAGCCUGGGUGUGCGGCGUGCGGAGAUCAAGCCCGGGGUGCGUGAGAUCCACCUCUGCAAGGACGAGCGUGGCAAGACGGGGCUGCGGCUGCGGGCCAUCAACAAGGGCCUCUUCGUGCAGCUGGUACAGGUCAACACCCCUGCUUCCCUUGUGGGGCUGCGCUUUGGGGACCAGAUCCUGCAGAUUGAUGGGCGCGACUGUGCCGGCUGGAGCACAGACAAAGCCCACCGGGCCGUGAAGAGGGCUUCGGCAGAGAAGAUCGUCAUGGUUGUUCGGGACAGGCCUUUCCAGCGGACUGUCACCCUGCACAGGGACAGCACCGGCCACGUGGGCUUCGUCAUCAAGAAGGGGAAGGUGGUCUCCGUAGCCAAAGGGAGUUCUGCGGCUCGCAACGGGCUCCUCACCGACCACUACGUGUGUGAAGUGAACGGGCAGAAUGUCAUCGGGCUGAAGGACAAAGAGGUCACGGAGAUUCUGGCCAUGGCCGGGAACAUCGUCACCCUGACCAUCAUCCCGACCGUGAUCUACGAGCACAUGGUCAAAAAGUUGUCCCCGACCCUGCUCCGCCACACCAUGGACCACUCCAUCCCAGACGUCUGACGUCACGGGCAGCUCCGCCCCCCACCUCCCGCAGGAACGGAGGCCUGCGGCCUGGGGCCGGCGUGUCCAAGGGGGUGCGCUCCGGCGGGGUGAGGCAGAGCACGUCCUCAUGUGUGGCACAGGCCUCCUUGGAGCCUGACUCUUGCCUGGACUAGGGCCGCGCCAGGGCCACAGGCAGCGGCUCUCCGUGUGGGUCUCACUGCUGGCCGCGCCCGGCUCCGUGCCUCUGGAAGGUGCGGCUGGGUCCCUUCCGAGACGUCCCCUCCACCAAAAGGACAGCCCACAUGAGGACAGAGCACAUUCCUGGUGAGAAUUUCCCUGUACUUGAUCUUCGACACACACUGCACAUGGUGUAACUCCUCACUUCUUUUGAAUAAAGCUUUGAUUUUAAAUAAAA